CCUUCAACAAGCUCAAAACUAUCUGAGAAAAGAUUCGUGUGUUCGAGCAAACAAACAAUCAAUAUGUCUUACUAUCCUCCCCCUCCUGGAGCAUCCGGUGCUGGAGCCCCUGCUCAACACAGCUACCCACCUCCUCCCAUGUCUGCUCCUCCAACCCAGACAAAGUUCUCUUACCCAUCUCCUCCGACCACCCAGCAGCAAGGAAGGCAUUAUCCUCCUCCUCCUCAGUCCGCCGGCUCGUCUGCCACGCCGCCGCCCAAGUCAUCCACUCCUUCGUACCCCUUUCCUCCUCAGCAGCAGCAGCAACAGCAGCAACAGUAUCAACAACCACCACAACAACAAUUCUCCCCACCACCGGCCCAACAGUUUUCCCCACCACCGACUCAACAACACCAGCAAUAUGCGCCACCGCCAGCCCAGCAGCAAGUGCAGCAACCGCAGCCUCAAUACGCGGCUCCCCCAGCCCAGCAGCAACAUCCUCCAACCGCCCUCCCUCUGCACAUGAGGACCGAUUCCAGCGCCUCCCGAACUUCUGCCCACACCCCUCCUCCUCAGCAACAGUUUGCCGCUCCUCCGCCGUAUGCUCAAGGCGAGCAGCAGCCCCAGCAGCAGCCGCAGCAGCCAGCACCCACACAACCGGUUGGUCUGGGGUUGAGCACUUCGGCAGCGGCUGCCAUUACUGGUGCACCCGCCGCCGGACAGUUUUCCGGUGUUAGUGCGGUGUCGGAUGACGUGGGAACGUUCAAUGGUGGCAGUUACCGUAUCAGCCAUCGGGAUUGCAAUACUAUUUUGACUGUGCAGUUGGCGAUUGGUUGCCCGUUGGAUGCUAAGCCGGGAUCAAUGAUUGCCAUGUCCCCCUCCGUCUCCCUCAAGGGAGCCUACAAGUUUAGCAUGAAGAAACUAGUCGCCGGCGGCGAGAUGGGCACCUCAACUUACACCGGUCCGGGUGAGUUGCUUUUGGCCCCUGCCAUGCUCGGCGAUAUCACGAGUCUCCGUCUGGAUGGCUCCCAGACCUGGUCUGUCAGCCACGACGGAUACCUUGCUUCGACGCAGAACGUCACCAAGGACUAUAAGCGCCAGGGACUGGGAAAGGCCAUGUUCUCUGGUGAGGGAUUGUGGGUGUACAAGAUUAGUGGCACGGGGCUGUUGUGGCUGACGAGUUUUGGUGCCAUUGUUCGGAAAGAUCUGGCGGACGGCGAGAAGUACAUUGUUGACAACGGCCACUUGGUCGCAUGGAAUACCAAGUACAUUCUGGAGCGUGUUGCUUCCGGCGGCUUACUAUCGGGCUUCGCUUCUGGCGAAGGACUGGUGUGCAAAUUCACUGGUCCUGGAACAAUAUUCAUUCAGACAAGGAAUGCGACAGCCUUUAGUGCGUUUAUGACUGGUCAGACAGCAAAGGCCUAGAACUGGAUCAAGACGUAGGAGUUGUAUGGGAGAUUGAUACCUGUGGCGGUCGCAUUUGAGGCUGUGAACCUCGCAUCACUUGAUGUUCUUUCAUUUGGUUUAUUUUGGGUUCGUUAGCGAUGUCAUGUCGGCUUUGAGAUGUGUUCGUGAAUAGUUAAAAUGUCACUAUCAGUGAACCAUGAGCCUCUUGUCCUGUCCUUAAACUAAGAAGCUUGACAACUUCGUUUCCGCUUGGC